GCUGAGAGCCACGGGGCCGUUUUUCAUGGAGGCGAGGCAUGUUUGUGAGGGGAGGAGAAACAUGUCACGCUCCGUGGUGCCGUUUUGCCCCAAAACUUCUGGAAAGUUGACAUGAAGUAAACAGUCUCCUCCUGUCACAUCUUAACCCCUGUGUGUGGGUGUGGAGCACUGCAGUAACACUCAGACAGACGGGGAGUGUCCAGCGACUGGAUUUAAAACUCUACAUGUUGCUUGUUUGUGAAGGAGGAGCGACACUUUUGGUUGUAUAAUUACCCGGGUCUAUUACUGCAAUUAUUUUCUUCAGAGAGAAAAAACACAAAAGUGUAUUUUAAACGACUUUUAUGGAGUUGGCAACACCAUGGUGCAUAAAUAUGGCAGACACAGAGCGAGCGGUGGGGCUGCUAAGGCGCUACCAGGCCAACCUAACCAGCCCAGAGGAGCAGGCCCUGAAGACCAGCGUGGGCAAAGUCUCCUCCAUCUUAGGCAGCCAGCUGUUCCAUGCCCUUCUGGAUAUUCAAGAGUGUUACGAGGUGACCUUGCAACUGAACACAGAACAAACUGUUGUUAAAGAGGACAGCAGGCAGAAUGCGUGGGAGGACCAGGAGGAGGAGGAGGGUGUGUCUCGGGUGCGAGUGACCAGCAGGAGGAGCCCUCACAAAGUAGAGCGAGUUUCUGGCUUGGUGACUGUGUCUCAUGUCGACAUGCCAAAGGUGAGUAAAGCAAAGCAAAAAUUAGUUUCCCAGGAGUCUCCUGAACACAUUGUCUCCUCAGAGUCUAUACAAGCACCAGAAAAGGCAGCUGCUACUAACAGAGGCAGAUAUAAAUGAACCUGAUGAUAUUAAGAGAAAUCACAGAAGUGCCCCGGCAUCAUAAAGAAAGAAAGAAAGAAAGAAACAAACAAACAUGUGUUCCUGUUCUUAAAGGUUGAUAACCUGUGGAACAUUUUAUUGUUGUUGACACAUGACUGCUUAAGCACAAAGCAGUCCUCG